AUGCCUUGGAACGGGUGGUGGUGGUGGUGGUCCGCAUCACCCCCUCUUUCUCAACAAAAAAAGAGCAGAGAAGAAAUGAGAAAAAAACUCUUUCUUCUCUUCUCUCUCCCGUAUUCCGAAAAGGCCGAGCUUCCGUCCGUGGUUUUCUUGGUUGUGUGA